AAUUAACAUUUCUAUCUAAAUUUGAGUAUGUUUAGGCCUCUAUUAAAUUGUUUUUUAAUCUUUUUUCGUUUGUAAACACUCGUAUCAUGACCUUUAAAACGUGUUAUCGCUUUAAUAAGCAGAUAAACUUGUUCUCGCGCAAAACAGCCGUACACCGCGUUACUUAACAUUUACUGCGCCCACUUAACGUAUCACUUCGCUUUUAUUAAUCAGUGUGUAAAAUGCAGCACGGAGACGGAGUUAGACUCGACAAGCAGAAAAUAGUUGCGGCUUUCAACAAGAUGGACUUUGGAGAAGCUGUCCAGAACACAGAUUUAGCUAAAGAGUGGCUGCAGAAACACACAAUCAAUUUGGAAGCACCACUUGAAAGCAAACUUUUAACUUCAAUUGCGCCUGUGAAAGAAUUCAGUGAUCUUGUUACUAAAUUCAGAUUUUUCAAAGAGAUUGUUGCUGAAUUAAAGAAAAAUAUUCAACUCAUAGCACAAUUGGAAGUGCUAAUCAGAGGCUUUACCUACAAAGAUGCCAUUAAAUCAAUUACUUUAUUCUUGGAUUACUUGUCUUUUUAUUCAACACAGAAAUCCUACAAAUCAUCAUCGAAGCUGUUGAAUGCGAUUCCUGAAAAUAUAAGUUUAUCUUAUGUUGGUUAUCACAUUGGCAAAAAUGAUUGCUUUAAUAAUAAUACCACUUUAUUUGUUGACCAAAAAUUGGCUAUUAUUCUAGUAGCAGUGAAAGACAUUAUAUCUAAACAAUGUGCACAAUAUCAAGUAGAUUUUGGCAUUGCGUAUAAAACAGACAAUUCACUGCCGGUUUUAAGUGGACGCACUCCAGUCCUGGUAUUUAACGGGGCUGAUUUGGAUUCUGCCUGUGAAUCAAUUGUAAAUGCAACUUAUUCUGACCAAGGAAUAAUGCCGUGGUCAGUGAAUAUUGUGCUUGUACAAGAAAACAUCCUCGACGAAGUUGUCGCCAAGUUAAAACACCGUAUGAGUCAGAUAAAACUAGGAAAGAGUGAUGACCAACAGGUAGAUUUCAGUGUGCCGGUACUCCUAGGAGAUUAUCAAGCGAAAUUGGCGGAAACCAUUGCUGCAGCAGCUGCAAAAGGAAUCGAAGUGUUCCAAACCGAAAACACGGCCUUGUUUGUCGGUGGUAAAGUGUUCAAUAAUACUGUAUUGCAAGCGAGUGAGCCACGAAUUCCGUUUUUGAAUGUGCUUGCAUUCAGAAGCAUGAAAGAAGCAGCUGUUUUGUGCAAUAAUCAACAGCAAACAUUCGCAGCAAGUGUCUGGGCUAACGAUGUUGGACUAGUACAUGAAUUAGUACACAGUCUUAAUGUCACCACAGUAUGGGUGAAUACACAUGGGGUUUUCCAUCCGAAGGUACCAUUUUGUUUUGAUAAAUUUGAAGACACAAAGUUUCUGUCAAGUUAUGAGGAUUCGAAAGAGUCUUAUAAAAAGUCAUCGGUUAUGCAACCAGCGUGGGCAAAGAAAAGUGAACAGGAGCGCAUUAAUACUCUGCAAAAUAUGGCGAUUGAAUUAACAAGCAAAUUGGAUAAAAAGAAUGACUUACAACUGAAGGCUUUAGAACAGUUUUUGGUGAUGCCUGCAUUUUCAAAUGUACAAGUUUAUGGUUUACAUGAAUUGAAACAAUUCAAGGAAGCGGUCGGAGUUGUUUUUAUUAACAAAAACGGCGAAUUUAAAGCGAAUUUAGAGAAAGCGAUCAUUGCGCUAUCUGCUGGCAAUGGCGUCAUUUUCCACCUUCAUGAAAACGAUUAUGCAACUUAUAAUACAUUGUUUAAGGAUGUAUCUGAUGCUCUUUCAGGACUCUUCCAGCUCGUGAAGUCUGAUAUAAAGUUCGAUUACGGUUCAGGCACGGAAAUGUAUUAUAAACACGUUUGGACUGCAAUUGGCGACAACUACGUUUGAUUUGCAUUUUAGGUUAUAAAUUUCACCGUAAAAAAGUGUCGCGUUUAUAGAUGUAAUAAAUAUUAUUGUCAUUAUUA